AUGAGUCGAUUUUGCAAGGGCCGAAGGCAACGAAGCUCAUCGACGCUCACAUCUAUGCAAUCCACGUCCUUUCCGGUGCAGGUGCUGCAGAACGGAGUUAAGAUGACGAACGAGCCGCCCUCUGGGCUGCGGGCCAACUUGCUUCGUUCCUACUCCGCGCUCUCGGACGAGCUAAUCAAGGAUCCGAAUAAGCCGGAAAUCUUGAAGAUGCUGCUCGUCGGCUUCGGCUUCUUCCAUGCGGCUGUCCAGGACAGGCGUAAGUUUGGGCCGAUAGGCUGGCAUACCACAUAUGGCGUCUCUCCGGAAGAUCUGCAAGUCUGUCGGCAGCAGCUCGUGCUCUUCAUCAACCAGCACGAGCAGGUGCCCUACAAGUUCCUCGGAGCAAUGAUCGAGUACGGUGGUCGUGUCACGGACGGCAAGCACGAGCUGCCGAUCUUGACGGUCCUUCAGACGUUCAUCUGUCCGGAGUCGGUGGAGCAAAAGGAUGGCUACAAGUCGUCAUCGAGCGGCCUUUACUAUGCCCCAGCCGCGGAAACGAUGGAAGAGUUCAUCAACCACGUGACAGGCUUGCCUCUGCAUUCCAUGCCCGAAGCGUUUGGCCUGCACGAGAAUUGCAACAUCACUUGUGCCCCCAUCGCUUGCGAGGCCUUGUGUUUGUGGGCGGCCAGUGGUUGCUUAGUCAGCUUGCUUGCAGCGUACUCGGCGACAGAGGUCCGAGCGAUGUACAAGUACCACUUCGUCGCCAAAGCCGUCGAGCCGUAG